ACUGUUACACUAUAAAUACAAACCCAGAGUCAGAGAGAAAGACAAUGAAAUCACAGACACUUAAAGCACAUAAACAUAUCACAAACCUGACAUCAGGAUGAAGUCUUUGCUGAUCUUCAGCUUUUUCUGCAUCUGUUGCAUUCUUGCAUCCCCUCAUGCCAAGAGGACAUCAGAACAAUACACUGAAAAGGGCUCCAGCCUUUAUGAGGAUUUGUGGAAGAAGAACCUCGACAUUGUUAAAGACACACUGCAGACUAAGUUUUUACAGAGGAUGCAGGACGGAAGCCUUCCAGCAGAGCUCUACUUGACGUUCAUUGUGCAGGAUCUGUACUACCUGAGGAAUGUCACAGACAUGCUGCAAAAGAUGAGCAUGAAGGAGGGAAUGCCACAGGACCUCAGACUAUUCUUUGAGAAUCGAUUUAAGAGUUACCAGGCAUACACAAAUUCUUUAUUUAACAUGUAUGCAUUAGAGAACCAGACAAUCAUCCAUCCUCAGCCGGCAAUCGUCUCCUAUGUGAACACUUACCAUGAGGUGAUGCAGGGAUACGAACCAAUAUACUUUGCAGUGGCUUUGCUACCAUGUGCCAGGCUUUGGGCUUAUCUGGGACAGAAUCUAAGCAUAACACAGAAGAACGCAUACUAUUCUUUCAAGAGAGACAAUGACGGACAUGACCCAUCAAAGCACUUCAAGUCUCUUCUGGAUGGACAUCAGCGUAAAAUCGAUAAACACCUAGCUAAUUCAAUCUUUCGUAAACAAAUGGAAAAUGAGAAGAGUUUCUUCCAGUCCUCAAUGCCAUAGGUGCCUCACUGUGUUAGGGUAGGAUAUUGUUUAGACUCAAACCAUGAAAACGAGACAAUUUCUAUUAGGGUUUGUAUUUUGUAUUAACAGUUUAUAUGUGAUUUUGAUCAAAUGUAUUUCAACAGUCUACUUCUAACAGAUCAUUUGUUUGGUUAUAUUUUUAUGCAUUCUGUCCAAUAAAAAUAAAAAAAU